GUCGAAGGAGACGCUAUGGUCAGUGCGCAUCUCAUCGAGGCGGUUGAAACAGGUUGGCACAUCGCUCAUGGUGGUGGCCUGAAUUGCGAAGAGGAUGCACGUGGUGGCAUUUUCAAACACUCAUCUUGAAACCGGCUGACUUGCCGCGGCGCUUGUAAGAGCUGGACAUCACGACCACUGCACCCUCAUCGGGCGUCCCCAUGGCGACACCAUCGUCCGUCACGCCAUCGUCGACGGAACCGACCACGGUAGCUCCAUUUAGCCCUGCCCCAUCGACGACACUUGCGCCACAGACGUCAUUGCCAGCCACCACGACAUCUCCGUCGACAACGAAGCCGUCGGUGACAACCACGAGCAGCCCACCGGUUCCAAUCACAUCGAAACCAGCAAACAGCCCCGUCGAGCCAAGUGCCACUCCCUCCAUGACGUCAGUCACCUCUACGCCCUCUCCUUCGUCCUCGACCAUGCCAACAAGUCCUGAACGGACAACCGUCGUUGUUUCGUCAUGGCCGACGCUUCCAUUUUCGACCCCCGCACCCCAACAAGAUGUCCCGGAUAUUCAAAACGUUGUGGCUGCCUGGGCCAACGACACCACAGUCCCUCCAUCCACGGUCCCAAAUACUCCUUCCAAUCCCGGCAACAACCAAGCCAUGUUAAUCGCCAUCAUUGCGUGCGCGACACUCGCGGUGUUUCUCGUGGCAUUCUUCGUCAUCUUGUUCUUGCGGCGGCGGGCGCGCGGCUCCGAGAGCGACGGCCGUGGCGACGAUGGCGCAGUAUUCCUUGGGACACCUCCGUCGACGGCAUUCAACAGUCGAAGUUCGCAUCGCAACCCGCACGUGUCGCCUCGCCAACGCCACCGCUUGUCCAAAUUGACGCCACGGUCGCUGUUCCAGCACUCUGCGAAGCAGCCGACACCGACAUCCACAUCGAACGCGUCGUGCACCGCGCCAAGCCCCGUGGACUUCAGCCUGGACUACGGAGGUGUUGAGUACCACAACAGCUUUGCCAGGUCCGCCGCUUCCAACCGCAGCUUCGCUGUGGACGACAUUCGCGAUGACGACUCGGCUGGGUCAUACCGGUCCGACGACGCGAAUGGUUCCUUUGACCUUCGACUGUCGACGCCAGCGUCGUCCGAUGCGAGAAGUCUAUCGUUCAGCUACCGAGUCACGUCGCCCGGCGCUGCUACACCAUCUAGUGUGCUCAGCGUCACUUCGGACUUGGCCAUGCUGGACGAUGGCCAACGACGGUCGAGUGGCGCUUCCUCCAACUUCAGCAUUCCCGUCGAAUGCAAGGAAGACUUGGUGGGGGGUAGCUGCCACGACGACCAGUUCAUGCACCUCCACGACGACGCGAUGAAGGUGACCAUGGACCGCCAAGAUCGACGGCCGAGCAGUGUGUGCUCCGACAUGUCGUCGUAUCAUAUUUAA